AUGUUGUCGCCUUUUACUCCUUCUCCAAACAUGUAUACGGCCAUGUCUCCGUCUCCCUCGACGACUGUCUAUCAACCAUCACUACCACAAGAACAACCACAAUACAUUUUCUAUACGUUUCCGAAACCAUAUCCAGCCGUAUCACCUGCUGGAGCCUUGUACGUCGACACUAACUCUUUUCACGGAUACAUGCCUGCAACCGUAGCAAAUAACGUAAAUGGAAUGAAUUGCGCCAAGUUUGAAGAGUUGUACAACUGUAGCGCACCAUCUGCACCACCGAUCUCUGUUGACGGAAGAACAAAUGUCUCGACAAGUUGCAUCGAAACUAGUGCAGAAGAUCUUUCAUCAGAUGGCAUAUACUACGAUCCGAUGCCAAACAAUUAA